AUGCCAAAACAGAAACCGUCUGAAACCAUCAGUUCAUUACCUCCUGACUUGCUGGUCAAAAUCAUCUCACUCCUUCCUGUUUCCAACUUGUCUGUGUUGGCACGAACUUGUCGUCGCUUCAAAGUCCUCUCUUAUAACGACCAGGUUUAUAUUUAUAAACUACAUAAACUGCAUGCUGCUGCUAUCGUAUCAAAUGCUAAUACAGAUGCUGUCCAUCCACCAUCUUCAGCUGAAGACAGUGAUGAUUUGGCUGCCAGAUUGCGUCAGUUUCCGGGCGGUCAGUUUCUACCCAACACUACUGCCAACUAUCUUGAAACUGGAUCCAUGUUUAGUACUGCGUCCGAUCCUGUGACGCCCCUGUCUGCCAACACUCCUGUGCUACUGCAGGUCCAAGAGGAAACUACAAUACCAUCCAAUACUCCUGUAUCUAUCACCACUGAUGACCCUUUUAUCACCACUAGUCCAUCUGUUAAAACUAAUGCGGACGGUUCGGCGCCAAAUCAUCGACAAAUUACCUCUUCUCUACCAGAUAUGCGCAACUCUUCACUCAUUAUUGGUGCCGGUGGUUUAAAAGCCGCUUUGGCAAAACAGGCUCAGCAAAAGCAAAAUAGUGUUGGUUAUUCUACUAUUGGCCGAAAUGCCUUGCACAAACCUACAAAUCUAUCUCUACCACAUCUUCGCUCGUCUGAAAAAUCGGCUCGUCUGGUAUUCAAGCAAAUCUAUGAAAAACUAUCUCCUCUCUACUUUGAUUUUCGCGAAAAACAAAAAGACUCGAAACUGUUUUUAGAAAACAAGGACUUGUCUGUCAUUGGUGCUCUUCUUUGUCAAUUGCGUUUGUUUGAUCGUGCUGGAUUUGUUAGUCACAGCGAUGAUAUCAGCUUCAGUCUUGAAACUACAAUCGAAUGGUUCGAGUCCAUGGUCAUUGGUCAAUUCGAGCGUGCUUACGAUCGUACAGACACAGCUGAAAUGCGUACUGCUGCCACUAGCUUAUAUAAUCUUAAUGGUGGUCUUGCUUGUGUUAAUGUCUUCAUCUCAAAAAAUCAAAUUUUUUUUGAUCAUACAUUCAACCCAAGUCUUGUUGCAUCAAAUCUUCCUGCCACCACAGGUCCCUCGGUGGGGUACGCUCUUGCAGACGAUUUUGCAAAAUUCAUGGACUACAUGCUCAACAACUGCAAAGCUCAGGCUCAGCUUAUCUCUUGCAUAUUUGUCCCUCAACUCAAUACCAUGACCCUUUUUGUCAACAAAGUAUUUGAAGAUUCGAUAUCAGAGUACAUGACUGCUAUUCUUGUUGCUGCUAAAUCUAGAGAAAAUUUGGCAAUUUAUCUACAUACCUUGGCCACAUGUAUCUAUUCAUGCUCACAAUUUAUUGAUUACAUUUCAAAAAACGAAACGGGUGUAUAUGUUGAUGUUGAUAUGUCAAGAAAGGUCAUGCAGGAUAUUGUUGGUCCCUAUGUAAACAAAUAUAUCGACCAAGAAAUGGAAUAUCUAAAUAAGCGUUUUAAAACGGAAUUAAGCAAGUGGGAUAAUCGAGUUUCAAGCAAUGCUACUGCUGUACCACCUGCAGAUACAUUUCUCAGCGCAGAACAUGUCCAAGAACACAAAAGAUUUGUCAUGAAAACCAUGAAAGCCAUCAUGUUUGCGCCAGUGACGUUAACCAUGUCAUUGGCACAUAUGAGUACAGGCGGAAAAUUAAAACCUCAUCGACAAGCUCUUUUAAACGAUGCUGAACCGAUUGCAAGCGAAAUCAGUCCAGUUUCAACUAGCGAUCGAACUGGAGUUGCAGCAUAUCAGCUGGACGAAAGCUCAAUCAAUUCGUUUGUCUCGUUGGAAUUGGCAUUGCAUCUUAUGCAUGCUAACAAAGAGGCUCUUGGUAGAUGUUUAGUUGUGACUGCCUCGACAGAUAUGAGUAAAAUUCGCCCAAAUGUUCAAAAAGUAUUUAUUGCGUUACUGAAAGCAAUUGGUGAACGACAUAUCAAACUUGCAUUUUUAAAAGCCGUUGAACAUAUGAGCAAAUCCAGUCCAAUUGACUCGACUGAUAAUGACAGAAUGGUGAACAUGGACUCGCUUCAAUUUUUUGAAUUAGUGCACGUUGCAGACUUGAUUCAACAAAUGGUAGAUGUGUACUACAACGAAGACGUGAAGAUUUGGAUUGAUGAACAGGAUUUUCUUUCAGAUAUUAUCGUUGAAAAAAAAGCAUUUGAGCGAUUGUUAGAUGAUGGUGUUGCCGGUGGCAUGGACAAGGCUAUUCAGCUUCUUGUUAAUCAGUGCGAGUUUAUUUUGGUGAGCACACAACCCGUAACAGAGUAUAAUCCUCCCGAAAACGGGCUACUAGAUUGCCGACCUACCAAGGCUUGCGAAAAGGUCAUUGAAUGUCUGACCACUCAUACAAAGCUAAUGAAUGGAGUUACUGAAAAGAACACUAUGGAGGUAUUUUUGGGUGAAGUCGGUGUACGAUUAUUUGGUGUGAUCAUCAAAAAUAUUCGCCGACUGCAAGUCAGCCAAACCGGUGCCUUGCAAUUGAUAUGCGAUAUGAACAGAUAUUAUGAAUGGGCGACGAGCAUUCGCGUUCCAUCUGUAACCAAACAGUUUGCAGUGCUGAAAGAACUUGGCAAUCUAUUUCUUGCAGACGGGAGUGACGAGCUACGCAAGAUGGUGCAUGAUGCGCCACGAUAUCAGGGAGCAUUACGUAUUGAGGAGAUUUAUGAAUUGUUACAAAGCCGAACAGAUUAUAAAAAAAUCCAAAAACAAGUCGAGUCAAAAGAAUGUAUUAUCCAGUAGACUCGGCGUUUAUUCAAAGGAUUUUUGUUGAUUGGAAUAAACGUGCACGUUAUUGGUGUGAUGUUCAUUUAAAUA